CUUUUCCGAAAUCCUUCCUUUUUACCGGCCUCGUCGUCCCAACUCCCUACCCUGAUCGUUCGGCCACCCUGUGCUCAUGGACGGAAUGGCGCCGGAGAAUCCCCCCAUGCGCCGAAAACCAGAAGCUCUGGUGUUAAGGGGUCUCCGUGCGAAUUCUUCUCCGGAGCUUCUUCCUGUCUCUCCUCGGUUCCAAUCUCAAGAAGACGACGCCCUAGAAGUUAUAACGGCGAACGCCAAAGCAUUGCUCCGGCUUGUGGACAAGUUCACGUUCUCCGGUGAUCUGAACACGAAUGAUAAGCGGAGCUGCGGCCGAGUCGCCCCGGUCUUAGCGCUAAUGGACGAGGUCAAAGCACGGCUCGAGGCCCGGACGGCGCCGUCGCCGAGGGGCGACGAGAACCAGAAAGCGCGGAAGGAGCUCACCGCAACCCCUGCGGCGAGGAAGAGCCUAGAGAGGAUGUUCUCGAGCCUCGGCAAGGAGAAGGAGAUCAUGGCCGGGGAAUUGGCGCGGAAGGCCCGGGAGCUCGACGAGAUGGAGGAAAUCGUCGCCGAUCUAAAGGCCCAAAACGAGAAGCUCCUCGCCAGAGUUCAAGCCCUAACCUCAUCCGACCGGACGACCUCUGCCUCACCGCCGCCCCCUGCAGACGGCGGUGGUACCGUACGCACGGCUGCUCUCCAGGAGCGCAACAAGGUGCUCUCUGAUCAGCUCCUGAAAUCGAUUGAGAGCUACCGGUCGAUGAAGCGGAAGUACAAGGACGCGCAGGAGGCUAACGCGGCGCUUCACGCCAGCGUUGGGGGGUACGACGAGAUCCGAUCGUGUAUCGCCCGGAUCCGCGCAUCGCGCUCGCGUGACGGAUGGUCGGCCGACUCCGCGGACUUUGAGAACAUACUGGAGGCGAUCGAACGGAUAUGCCGAAGAUCGAACAGUCGGCACGAUCGCAAGGCGAAGGAGGAGGCGGAAGAGGAUAAGAUGAAGAAGGCGGCGGCGGUCGUGGGUUGAGCACCGCACCGGUUGAGGAGAUACCGGCGAUGACGCGACGCCGGAGAAAAAAGGAAAAAGGGGAGCGAGGUUUCAUGGGGAACCCGGGAAACUCGAGAGCAGUGCGGCUUUUUUAGCCCGUGACUUGGCGCCAAUUGUUGGUAGAAAUUGUCUGAACUACCCACGAUAAUUUUCGAAAAUGUCGCUUACAAAUUUUAAGUUUUUUGGGAAGGCUUUUCAUUG